AUGUCUGCCCCCGGAGCUGGUCACGAAUUCCCGCCUCAAGAGGUCUCUUGGCAGAAGCGCGACGUCUUACUGUUCGCCAACAGCAUUGGCUGCAAGGCCGACGAGCUCCAAUUCCUCUACGAGCUGCACCCCAAUUUCUCGGUCUUCCCGACCUAUCCCCUUAUUCUUCCUUUUAAGCUCACAGACAAUGAGGUGACUGAUUUCUAUGCGCGCCAAAAGGCUACUCACAUCCCUGGCGUCCCAAAGCUGGAUCACCGCCACGGUGUCGAUGGCCAGCGUAAGAUAACUGUCCUGAAGCCGCUCCCCCCUACUAGUGCUGGGCGCAAAUUUGAGCUGCGCAACAAGGUCAUCGGCGUUUAUGAUAAGGGAAAGCCUGGUACCGUCAUCGAGACAGAGCAGUCUAUCGUCGAUAAAGCGACCGGCGAGAUCUAUGCCAAGGUCCUGUCCAGUGGUUUCUUGGUUGGACAGGGCAACUGGGGCGGUCCCAAGGGUAAUUUCAAGACCAAACACCCAGUUGACGACCUGAUUACUUACAAAUAUCAAGGUCCCGCUACUGUUAACUUCCCACCCCCAGAGGGCAAGAACCCCGACGCUGUUCAUGUUGUUCAGACCAACAUGGAGACUGCGCACCUAUACCGUUUGAAUGGAGACUACAACCCUCUCCACGCUACCCCGGAGCCAGGCCAGAAGAUGGGCUUCGGUGGCAUCAUCAUCCACGGCCUGUUUAGCUGGAACUCCUCUGCUCAUGGCAUUCUGCGCCUCCUGGGUGGUAGUGAUCCGUCAAACUUGAAAGAAUUCCAGGCUCGUUUUGCAUCGCCUGUUCGUCCUGGUGAUACGCUGACCACCGAGAUCUGGCGCCUGGGCAAUGCUGGAGCUGAUGGCUUUGAGGAAAUUCGAUUUGUCACCAAGAACCAGAAUGGCAAGGCUGUUUUGAGCAACGGCCGAUGCUUGCUGAAGGUUACUAACCCCAAGAGCAAGCUGUGA